GCCCGGCCGGUGUCCUCCCUGCCGCCCCCCGCCGCCCGGCCAUUCCGUGCCGAGCUCCGGCCCGAGAGGCACCGUCCUAUCCGAACCUCCGUGGGCAGCAGGCAGCAGCACCGCGAUCCCCGUCCGUCGGUCCGGAGAGGAUCCUGUGCCUUUAAUCCGGGGCCCAACCCACCCAGCGCCGGGGUCCCACCCACCCCCAAGCCCAGCCGUUAUAAUGAGCGGCUCUCAAACGCGGCUCCAUCAGGCCGCAGGAGCGGGAGGAGUCGGCGGCGGCGGAGCAGGCGGGAACCAGGGGGAGGCCGCUGCCGAGAUGCCGGCCACCGAGAAGGACCUGGCCGAGGACGCGCCCUGGAAGAAGAUCCAGCAGAACACCUUCACGCGCUGGUGCAACGAGCACCUCAAGUGCGUCAACAAGCGCAUCGCCAACUUGCAGACGGACUUGGGCGACGGGCUGCGCCUCAUCGCGCUGCUCGAAGUGCUGAGCCAGAAGAAGAUGGGGCGCAAGUACAACGCGCGCCCCACGUUCCGCCAGAUGCAGCUGGAGAACGUGUCGGUGGCGCUGGAGUUCCUGGAGAGGGAGAACAUCAAGUUGGUCUCUAUUGACAGCAAAGCAAUUGUGGAUGGGAACCUGAAGUUGAUCCUGGGCCUGAUCUGGACACUGAUCCUGCACUACUCCAUCUCCAUGCCCAUGUGGGAUGAGGAAGACGACGAAGAGGCCAAGAAGCAAACCCCCAAGCAGCGACUCCUGGGCUGGAUUCAAAACAAGCUGCCCCAGCUGCCCAUCACAAACUUCAGCAAGGACUGGCAAAGUGGCCGGGCGCUUGGAGCCCUGGUCGACAGCUGUGCCCCAGGUCUUUGCCCCGACUGGGAUUCAUGGGACGCUAGCAAGCCUGUCAACAACGCCCGGGAGGCCAUGCAGCAAGCUGAUGACUGGCUUGGCAUCCCACAGGUGAUCACUCCUGAAGAGAUUGUGGAUCCCAAUGUGGAUGAGCACUCUGUCAUGACAUACCUCUCCCAAUUCCCCAAAGCCAAGCUAAAGCCAGGAGCCCCCCUCAGGCCCAAGCUGAACCCUAAGAAAGCCAGAGCUUAUGGCCCAGGCAUUGAGCCCACAGGCAACAUGGUGAAGAAGAAGGCUGAGUUCACAGUAGAAACCAUCAGUGCUGGCCAGGGAGAAGUGUUGGUCUAUGUUGAGGACCCCGCUGGGCAUCGUGAAGAAGCCAAGGUGAUUGCCAACAACGACAAGAAUCGGACAUUCUCAGUGUGGUAUGUGCCCAAGGUGACAGGCAUCCACAAGGUAACGGUGCUAUUUGCAGGGCAGCACAUAGCCAAGAGCCCGUUUGAUGUGAACGUGGACAAAUCGCAUGGAGACGCCAGCAAGGUCACUGCCCAGGGCCCAGGCCUGGAGCCCAUGGGCAACAUUGCCAACAAGACCACCUACUUUGAGAUCUUCACUGCUGGUGCAGGGGUUGGGGAAAUCGAGGUCAUCAUCCAAGACCCCACUGGCAAGAAAGGGACCGUGGAGCAGCAACUGGAAGAUAAAGGCAACAGCACGUACCGCUGCACCUACAAGCCCACGCUGGAGGGCACCUACACCAUCUACAUCACCUUUGGCGGGAUCCCCAUCCCUCGCAGCCCCUACACGGUCACCGUGGGCCAGGCAUGCAACCCCAGCGCCUGUCGGGCCGUGGGCAGAGGCUUGCAACCCAAGGGUGUCCGGGUGAAGGAGACGGCGGACUUCAAGGUCUAUACCAAAGGCGCUGGCAGUGGAGAGCUGAAGGUCAUAGUAAAAGGCCCAAAAGGGAUGGAGGAACGUGUCAAGCAGAAGGAUCUGGGUGACGGAGUCUACGGUUUUGAAUACUUCCCCACCACGCCUGGCAACUACACGGUCACAAUCACUUGGGGCGGGCAGCACAUUCCCCGCAGCCCAUUUGAGGUCAAAGUGGGAACAGAAUGCACAAACCAGAAGGUGCGAGCCUGGGGGCCAGGCUUGGAAGGAGGCGUCGUGGGCAAGUCGGCUGAUUUCGUGGUGGAGGCCAUUGGAGAUGACGUCGGCACGCUAGGCUUCUCGGUGGAGGGCCCCUCGCAGGCCAAGAUCGAGUGUGAUGACAAGGGCGAUGGCUCCUGCGAUGUGCGCUACUGGCCCCAGGAGCCAGGUGAAUAUGCGGUUCACGUGCUCUGCAACAAUGAAGACAUCAAACUCAGCCCCUUCAUGGCAGAGAUCAAAGCUGCUCCCAAGGACUUCCACCCAGAGAAGGUAAAAGCCCACGGGCCGGGCCUAGAGAAGACAGGUGUUGCGGUCAACAAGCCUGCUGAGUUCACUGUGGACGCCAAGAGCGGUGGAAAGGCACCUCUCAAGGUGCAAGUACAGGACUCUGAAGGAUCCCCUGUGGACGUCUUUGUGAAGGACCAUGGCAACGGCACCUACAGCUGCUCCUACCUGCCCAAGAAGCCCGUGAAGCACACAGCUAUGGUGUCAUGGGGAGGAGUCAACAUCCCCAACAGUCCAUACAGGGUGAACGUUGGAGCUGGCAGUCACCCCAACAAAGUGAAAGUGUACGGUCCCGGUGUGGCAAAGACUGGCUUGAAGGCUCAUGAGCCCACCUACUUCACAGUAGACUGCACAGAAGCCGGGCAAGGUGACGUGAGCAUUGGCAUAAAGUGUGCGCCCGGCGUUGUGGGCCCAGCUGAGGCAGACAUAGACUUUGACAUCAUCCGGAACGACAACGACACCUUCACGGUCAAGUACACGCCCCGUGGCGCCGGCAGCUAUACGAUCAUGGUGCUUUUUGCUGACCAGGCCACCCCCACCAGUCCAAUCAGAAUCAAAGUGGAUCCUUCACAUGAUGCCAGCAAGGUCAAGGCUGAGGGACCUGGCCUGAACAGGAGUGGUGUGGAGAUUGGCAAACCCACCUACUUCACAGUCAACGCCAAGCCAGCUGGCAAGGCCAAGCUGGAUGUCCAGUUCACUGGCCCGGCCAAGGGAGACGCUGUAAGAGACUCUGAAAUAAUUGAUCACCAUGAUAACACCUAUACCGUCAAAUACACCCCUGUUCAGCAGGGUAACAUUGGGGUGAACGUCACGUACGGAGGAGACCACAUUCCCAAAAGCCCUUUUAACGUGGGUGUGGCACCCACGCUGGACCUCAGCAAGAUCAAGAUCUCUGGGCUCGGAGACAAAGUGGAAGUGGGCAAAGACCAAGAGUUCACCGUCAAAUCCAAGGGGGCCGGAGGCCAAGGCAAGGUGGCAGCCAAGAUCACGGGCCCCACCAGCAAGCCUGUGCCCUGUAAGGUGGAGCCCGGCCUCAGCUCGGACAACAGCGUGGUGAAGUUCAUCCCCCGGGAAGAGGGGCCCUACGAGGUAGAUGUGACCUACGACGGAGUGCCUGUCCCAGGGAGCCCCUUCCCCGUGGAGGCUGUACCCCACACCAACCCAUCCAAGGUGAAGGCCUAUGGACCGGGCCUGAAGGGGGGCUUGGCCGGCUCCCCUGCUCCCUUCACCAUCGACACCAAAGGGGCUGGCAACGGAGGCCUGGGCCUGACGGUGGAGGGGCCUUGCGAGGCCAAGAUCGAAUGCCUGGACAACGGCGACGGCACCUGCUCGGUCUCCUACCUGCCCACGGAGCCGGGCGAGUACAACAUCAACAUCCUCUUUGCCGACACCCACGUGCCCGGCUCUCCCUUCAAAGCCCAGGUGGCGCCGGGCUUCGACCCCUCCAAGGUGAAGUGCUCUGGGCCGGGGCUGGAACACGCCACGGUGGGGCAAGCGGGCGAGUUCAGCGUGGACUGCUCCAGCGCCGGGAGCGCCGAGCUCACCAUCGAGAUCAUCUCGGAAAGCGGCACGCAGGCGGAGGUCCACGUGCGGGACAACGGGGACGGCACGUACACCAUCACGUACAUCCCGCUCUGCCCAGGCGUCUACACCAUCACCAUCAAGUACGGUGGGCAGCCUGUGCCCAACUUCCCCAGCAAGCUCAACGUGGAGCCAGCGGUGGACACCUCCGGGGUGAAAGUCUAUGGGCCUGGAGUGGAAGGCAAAGGUGUGUUCCGGGAGGCCACCACAGAGUUCAACGUCGACGCCCGGACCCUGACUAAGGCCGGAGGUCCUCAUAUCAAAACCAGAGUGUCCAACCCCUCGGGAAACCUAACCGAGAGCUAUGUGCGUGACAAUGGAGACGGCACCUACAACGUGGAAUACACUCCUUAUGAAGAUGGCGUUCACUCUAUUGACGUGACCUACGAUGGCAGCCCUGUGCCCAGCAGCCCCUUCCGUGUCCCGGUAACGGAAGGGUGCGACCCCACAAGGGUUAGAGUGCAUGGCCCUGGCAUCCAGAGCGGGACGACCAACAAACCCAACAAGUUCACUGUGGAGACCAGGGGUGCAGGUACCGGGGGGCUGGGCCUAGCGGUGGAAGGUCCCUCUGAAGCCAAGAUGUCCUGCACUGACAACAAAGACGGCAGCUGCUCCGUGGAAUACAUCCCCUACGAACCGGGGACCUACAACCUCAAUGUCACUUACGGGGGCCACCAAGUGCCAGGGAGCCCGUUCAAAGUGCCGGUGCAUGAUGUGGUGGAUUCCUCUAAGGUUAAGUGUUCAGGCCCCGGCCUGACUCCAGGCGUCGUCCGAGCCAACGUUCCCCAGUCCUUCACCGUGGACACCAGCAAGGCAGGAGUGGCCCCUCUCCAGGUCAAAGUUCAGGGCCCAAAAGGGGUGGUUGAGCCUGUCGAUGUGGUGGAUAACGCUGAUGGGACUCAGACUGCAAGCUACGUGCCAAGCCGGGAGGGGCCCUACAGCAUCGCAGUGCGCUACGGAGACGACGAGGUGCCUCGCAGCCCAUUCAAGGUCAAGGUUCUACCUACACAUGAUGCCAGCAAAGUGAAGGCCAGUGGUCCAGGGCUGAACACUACAGGUGUGCCAGCCAGUCUGCCUGUGGAGUUUACCAUUGAUGCUAAGGAUGCUGGAGAGGGCUUGUUGGCCGUGCAGAUCACGGAUCCUGAGGGCAAGCCCAAGAAAGCCACCAUCCGGGACAACCAGGACGGCACCUACACUGUCUCAUACGUCCCUGACAUGACCGGCCGCUACACCAUCCUCAUCAAGUACGGCGGGGACGAGAUCCCCUACUCGCCCUACCGCAUCCGCGCCCUGCCCACCGGCGACGCCAGCAAGUGUACUGUCACAGUGUCGAUUGGAGGUCAUGGGCUAGGAGCCGGCAUCGGCCCCACCAUCCAGAUUGGCGAGGAGACGGUGAUCACGGUGGACGCCAAGGCGGCCGGCAAGGGCAAGGUGACUUGCACGGUGUGCACUCCGGACGGCACCGAGGUGGACGUGGACGUGGUGGAGAACGAGGACGGCACCUUUGACAUCUUCUACACGGCCCCCCAGCCGGGCAAAUACGUCAUCUGUGUGCGCUUUGGCGGAGAGCAUAUUCCCAACAGCCCGUUCCAGGUCACGGCCCUGGACGGUGAGCGCCCGACCCCCCAGCAGAUGGCCCAGCCGAUGCGUGCCCCACCCUACGCAUAUCCACCUGGUGCACAGCAGCCCUGGGGACCAGCUGUAACAGCCACAGAUCGCCCUGUCAAUGGGCUGGAUGCUGGACUGCGGCCCUUCGACCUGGUCAUCCCCUUUACCAUCAAGAAAGGAGAGAUCACAGGUGAGGUGCGCAUGCCUUCUGGCAAGGUGGCGAAGCCAGACAUCACGGACAACAAGGAUGGCACAGUGACGGUGCGCUAUGCCCCCACGGAGGCUGGCUUGCACGAGAUGGACAUCCGUUAUGACAAUAUGCACAUCCCAGGCAGCCCCCUGCAGUUCUAUGUGGACUACGUCAACAGUGGCCACGUGACCGCUUAUGGGCCAGGGCUCAUCCACGGGGUGGUCAACAAGCCGGCAGUCUUCACCGUAAACACGAAAGAUGCAGGAGAAGGAGGCCUCUCCCUGGCCAUUGAGGGCCCCUCUAAGGCCGAGAUUGGCUGCACCGACAACCAGGACGGCACUUGUACGGUGUCGUACCUUCCCAUUCUGCCUGGUGACUACAAUAUCUUGGUGAAAUACAACGACAAACACAUCCCAGGAAGUCCCUUCACCGCCAAGAUUACCGGAGAUGACACGAUGCGGAUGUCCCACCUCAAGGUGGGCUCUUCUGCUGACAUCCCCUUGAACAUCACCGAGACGGACCUGAGCCAGCUGACGGCCACCGUGAUCCCACCCUCCGGUCGCGAAGAGCCUUGUCUGCUCAAGCGCCUGCGCAACGGCCAUGUUGGGAUUUCCUUCGUCCCCAAAGAGAUCGGAGAGCACAUCGUCAACAUCAAGAAGAACGGGCUGCACAUCCCCAACAGCCCCAUCACGGUGAUGAUCAGUCAGUCGGAAAUUGGCGACGCCAGCCGCGUCAGGGUCUCCGGUCCGGGGCUCACCGAGGGACGAACCUUUGAGCCUUCAGAGUUCAUCAUCGACACAAGAGAUGCUGGUUAUGGUGGGCUCAGCUUGUCCAUCGAAGGCCCCAGCAAGGUUGACAUCAACACAGAGGACCUGGAGGACGGCACUUGUAAAGUCACAUACUGUCCGACGGAACCUGGCAACUACAUCAUCAACAUCAAAUUCGCAGACCAGCACGUGACAGGGAGCCCAUUUUCUGUGAAGGUGACGGGAGAGGGGCGAAUGAAGCAGAUGAUCACGCGGCGACGCAAAGCCCCGUCCGUGGCCAACAUUGGCAGCGAGUGCGACCUCAGCCUGAAAAUCCCUGAAAUCAACAUCAGGGACAUGACGGCCCAGGUGACCAGCCCGUCGGGCAAGUCCCACGACGCGGAGAUCUUGGAGGCCGAGAACAACACUUACUGCAUCCGCUUCGUGCCCACUGAGACGGGCAUCCACUCGGUCAGCGUCAAGUACAAAGGGCAGCACGUGCCCGGAAGCCCCUUCCAGUUUACCGUGGGCCCACUUGGCGAGGGGGGCGCGCACAAGGUGCGAGCAGGUGGCCCAGGCUUGGAGAGAGCUGAAGCCGGCGUGCCAGCUGAGUUUAGCAUCUGGACCCGGGAGGCAGGCGCUGGCGGCCUCUCCAUUGCCGUGGAGGGUCCCAGUAAGGCAGAGAUUGCUUUUGAGGACCGGAAAGAUGGCUCCUGCGGAGUGUCCUACAUCGUGCAAGAACCUGGCGACUAUGAGGUUUCCGUGAAGUUCAAUGACGAGCACAUCCCGGACAGCCCCUACGUGGUCCCGGCCACCUCCACCUCGGACGAUGCCCGCCGGCUCACUGUUUCUAGUCUUCAGGAGUCAGGGUUAAAAGUGAACCAGCCCGCCUCGUUUGCCGUCAGCUUGAACGGGGCCAAGGGCGUGAUUGAUGCCAAGGUGCACAGCCCCUCAGGGGCCCUGGAAGAGUGCCAUGUCACCGAGAUUGACGAAGAUAAAUACGCAGUGCGUUUCAUCCCCCGUGAGAACGGCAUCUACUCCGUGGAUGUCAAGUUCAACGGCAGCCACAUUCCAGGCAGCCCCUUCAAGAUUCGUGUCGGGGAGCUGGGCCAAGCGGGAGACCCGGGGAUGGUGUCUGCCUACGGCCCUGGCUUAGAGGGCGGCGUGACAGGAAGCCCUGCUGAAUUCAUAGUCAACACCACAAGCGCUGGGCCUGGGGCGCUGGCAGUCACCAUUGAUGGCCCCUCCAAAGUGAAGAUGGACUGCCAGGAGUGCCCAGAGGGCUACAAGGUCAUCUACACCCCAAUGGCUCCUGGCAGCUACCUCAUCUCCAUUAAGUACGGUGGUCCAUACCACAUUGCUGGCAGCCCUUUCAAGGCCAAAAUCACAGGAGCUCGGCUCGUCCCCAGUCAUAGCCUCCACGAGACGUCCUCGGUCUUCAUGGACGGAGUAGCCAAGCCUGAUGGAGCAGCAGCAGCAGCAACAGCCCCCAAGUUUGCCUCUGACGCUAGCAAAGUGGUAGCCAAGGGCCUGGGCCUCAACAAGGGCUUCGUAGGGCAGAAGAACUCCUUCACCGUAGACUGCAGCAAAGCAGGGAACAACAUGCUGCUGGUGGGCGUGCACGGCCCCAAGACCCCCUGCGAGGAGAUCGUGGUGAAGCACCUGGGCAACCGGCUGUACAACGUCACCUACCUGCUGAAGGACAGAGGGGACUACGUGCUGGUGGUGAAAUGGGGCGACGAGCACAUCCCCGGCAGCCCCUUCCAUAUCUCUGUGCCUUAAUCCUCCACCCUCACCUGACCGUAACACUGCCCCUCCUGAGCCCCAUUUGUCAUGCCACUGCCCCCCCCCACCUGAGACACUGCCGCCCCCUUGCUUUACUUCGCAGGGUGUGUGUGUGCCAAGGAGGCUGGCUUUUUAUGGGGGUGGGAGGGAGCAGGCUGCCCUUGGGAUGAGCCAGGGGGGAUUCCUGUGGAUCUGUUUACAUGCAUCACUAACUUUUUUUCAACCGGUUUGCCAGUGACUUUCCUCCCCGCACCCCUGCCCCUGUCCUGGGGGUGCAGGAAUGAUUCACACUUUCCUUGCCAAAGCACUGGCUUCGUGCCCAUGGACUGAAUUUGUGCCCCCGCUGGGUUUGCCAGAGAGGUCACUUCCCCACCAAAAGCUGGCGCCUGGAUACUGUGUAGGUGUAUCUGUGCCACCCACCGCUUGAGAGAAACCACUGCUCCCCAUGGAACUGCAGGCAGCCCGUCUCUUUUGCCUCUAGAUCUCCUUUCCUUUAUUUUUUCUUUACGGCUUGAGAUGGAAGCUCUGUUGAUAACAGAUAACCCAGCCGUCCCCAGCCAGGGGCUCUCCACAUGUGCUGGGCUCCAAGUCCCAUCACCUCCACCUGUCAUAGGGACGCUGGGAGUUGUAGUCUGAUGCAACGGGAGGGCACCCGGUUGGGCACGUCUGAGAUAACCGUGGCGGGAAUUACUCCUUGCUUUGCCGGUUUUAUAACCAAAACCUUGUUUUAGUCCUUCCGAGACUUCCAAACCGGCGUUGUGCACAACUGCCAGAGCCUUCCUCUGCGGAGGGAAGGGAAUAAAACCGUUCUUGCUUCA